UAAAAAAAAAAAAACAAUAAUAAUUUAAAUCCAUAAAAUUUUUCCACACUGGUCCAGUUGUCCUGUGAGGAGAUUUCAGCAAUCACAGCAUAUAGUAGUUGACCUAAACACUUGCUUUAUUUUUUAUUGGUGAAAAAUUGACAAACUUAACUUGAAUGUAAAUAUAUCUAUAACUAUAAAUCAGAUGCUGCUGAAUCAAUGAAAAUUAACAUUAAAUGUAACAAGACAGGUUUCAUUCUGUGGUGGUAAUAGACAUUAUGAAAAUCAUAAUUAAAUGUGGAAAUGUUUUGACAUGGUCCUUUAACUAAAGUAUAAUUUCACAAUAUUUUUUACACCCCUGUUGCAUUUGAAACUUUUUACCACCAUGAUUAGUUCUCCAGACUUGGUGGCUUUCACUAAAGAAACAGAUUUCUGUGAAGUAGUCAAAGACCCAUCAGUACUUCCGGAGGAACUGGCUGUUCCCUUGUAUCCCUACACUGGGGACACCACCCCAUGGUCCAAGACCUCUGGAGCUAAUUUUACAAAGGACUUUAUCCUUUUAUCAGAGUUUUCGGAGCAAGUUGGGCCCCAGCCUUUGCUUACUGUUCCUUCUGAAACCAAGGCUUGUGGGACAUUUGAUUUGAACCACUUCUCCCUUCGGAUCAUGUCAGUGGACUAUCAGACCUCGCUCACCGGCCCGGGAGGUUGUGGCUCUUUGAAACUGAACUUUGUAGAAGACUCAAAGGUAGUUUUAGGGGAUUCUAGAGAAGGAGCGUUUGCGUAUGUGCACCAUCUUACGCUCUACGACCUGGAGGCUCGAGGGUUUGUGCGACCUUUCUGCCUUGCCUAUGUGUCGUCUGAUGAGAAUAAAAUCAUACAGCAAUUCCAGCAGCUUUCCGCAGAGUUCUCCAAAGUCUCUGAAUGUCUAAAAACAGGAAACAGGAAGAACUUUGCAAAUGAACUGGAGACAAAACUGAGAGAUUUGGAGUAUACAAGAGUCAUGUUACAUAGAGAAAUAGAAAGAGAGUUAAAUAAUGCAUCUGUAAUGUGCGCCAAUGAAAGGGAACGCAUGUUAAAUGGUAUACCUACAUUAGAUGUGAAACUGAAAGAGAAAUCACUAUCUCAUAAAGAUGAAAUGAAAUUACAAGGGAAAGGCAGAUGUGAGAUUUCAAGAAAGGCAGAAGUAGAGUGUGAAAAAGGGAAUAGGUCAUGUAUAACGUAUGACAGAGAUGAACAAUUUGGAGGAAGAAGCAAGAACAAGCAGGAUAAAGGAUCUUGCCCAACGCCAUUGGCUAACAAAGGUGAUGAACUGGCCAGUGUAGAAAAAUCCAUUCAGGAAUACAAAAGCCUUCUAAAACAGGUCACUUGCUACCGAACUAGGAAGCUUAGAGACUCUGAAUAUUCUCCUUAUGAACCGGAUGACCUUCCUCAUUCUUUCGAGUUUGACCUGGAUGAUUUAAAGCACGGUCAGCUUGCUGGGCCAGUGCUAGAAUGUAAUGUUUUUCCUUGCACGGACACACCCUCGCAUUCUCUGAAGCCGAUUAAAAACAUUUCAUCUUGCCGAUUUGACAAGCGUCUGAAAACUCUCGAGGAGUUGUGUGAUGACUACUUCCACCAACAGGCUCUACAGCAACUGAACUCCAUUGAGAAGACAUUCAGAGGAGACGCCUGCCAUCUCUACUCACAGCAACUUUGCCGCAAUCUUCUCCACAACCUCAAAUCUACCAAUUUCUUAUUUGAGGAUCCAUGUGACUUGGAAGAGGAAGUGGGGUUACAGAUUGGAAUAGCUGGUCAACAUUCAGUCCAACAACCCUCGUUUCUUCCUGCACCAUCAAUUCUAAGUGAACCUGUCAGUCUUGAGUCAUAUGUCUCCUGCGUUGAAAUGGUGCCAAUCAAACUAGAGCUGGGUGGAUCUAGCCAAUCUCCGGCUGUACCCAGCUCUGUAAAUACCCCGGCCGAGGAUAACCGACCCCUAACAUCCUCUGCAGGGGAGACUGAAAUGGAAAAUGGGGGAGUAGUUUCAGCUUCAGAUUGCCAAGAAAAUGUGGAAAUGUGCGUUUCAGCUUUGAUGAAGACCAGUAUUAGUAGUGGAGAUAGUAUUGAGGUCUUAGGGACAGAGAAGUCCUUCAGAUCCCAGGGUUCAAAUAUACUAAUGGAUACAGCACUGCUUAGACCUCCACCUUUGUCCACUACAGCCAUGCUGGAAGGUCCAAGGCAAGGGAGAGUAACUACCAUACGAACUUGCAGUGAAGACAGCAUUGAGGUUCUUUGCACAACGGAAUCAAUCCUACCAGAAGACCUGCGUGCUUCAUACCCUUGUGCAAUUGAUGAGGAAAGUCCAGAGCAAGAGACUGAUGAGAAAGACAUAUCUCACAACCAAGAGGACAAACAAGUUAAGUGUGUUUACGGUGAGGGAAAUGAAGUCCCUGGAGGCGCCUGUAUGGAGGAGCUGCAAGAUUUUUAUCCUGCGGUCAUCUUAACCCCACCUGACUGUCCUAUGACUAUGACCCUUAGUCGGUCAAGCUCCCAAGAUGUUUGUCAUGCAUCAGAAUUAAUCCCUCUCUCAUUGUUAGAUGAGCCCUACCGGAUAGUACCUGAUGAUUUGUCAGACUGCUUCAGCUAUCGGAGCACCACUGCCUCUACAACCUCUGAAAUUUUCCCUACUUGUCUUCCAAGGAAUAAAAGAGAAGGUGGGACCAGACGGAGACGUGGCAGAGUAGGGCGAGCAGCAUUGCAGUUCUUGCGACAGUUUCCCUUUGCAGUGCAUGCAGUGUUUAGCGUUCUGUGUGGCCGAACUUUAGUAGUACUAGGCAGCGAGGAGGCUGCAGUGAGACGGCUGGUUACAGCACUGUCUGUGUACAUGCCACAUCUGAGUAAAUACAGAGAUGGUAUUCAGCCUUGGACUUCAACGCCGCUGCAGCUAACUGACCUGCUCAACUGGAAACUUAUCGGCUUUAACAGGAUGUGCUGUUUUACUUACACAAAUAUGCCUCACUGCCUGGGCCAUCACAGCCGAUACCUCAGCAUUCUAGAUGUGGAUCAAAAGACACUGCGCUGCCCAGUCUACAGUGGUACUCUUCUCAACCUGCUGGUGGAACCAAGGAGCCACUUUAAACGUGGAAACACCUACUUCAUGUUUGCUCAAAGUGUGCAAAGCAAGCUUGUCUCCACAGCAUUCCUUUUGACAUUUUCACAUGGUUUCCAUACGCCCAGCAGGCCUCGGGAAAGUACAUGGACACAAUGUUUUCAUUCUGAAAUUCACAGGGAUGAUAAGAAAAUCUUAAAUUAUUUAUCUGAACUCAUCAAACUGCACUUCAUGGAGGUUCCACCUAAUGUCCUCAGAUUCAGCUACACCACAAACUGUAUUUUCAAACUGUGAAAGUGUCAUUCACACAAACUAGCCAAUGAUUUGUGUUCUAUACAGUAGUUAUGCUUAGCUUUUAUUGCCUUCAAAUGAAAAUGUGCUUUUGCCCAGCAAUAACAGUAUAUUUACAUUAUCCGCAUGCCAUAUCGUUCUGUUGUGGAAUCCAAUUGUUUGUAUUUAACAUCAACCAGAUAUUGAUCAUAGUUCUGUAAUUGCACAUAAUAUUGCAAAAUACUGAUUAAUUCCCAGAAAAAGGAAAACAAAAGCCUGGACAAAGGGGGAAAAAAAAAAUCCCAACUGCCAUGCCACUUAUAAUCUAUGAAAACAUUAAAUCCACUCUGUAUGUACAUUAAAACUUUUUGUUUUUAAAACAG